GCAAUCAAUCGAUAGUAUUAGUUUGGGCGUUCAGUUGUACAAGUACGUAGGAUCACAGUAAGGAUUGUUUUGCGCCUCCUGUUUCGUCUUUGCCAAGGUUGCGUGUUCCUUGUCACAAAUACCACUCAGCAAUCGAAAUCUCCCAACAAGAGCUCUUAAGAAUGAUUAGGAACGAUGCUGCAACAGAGUUCGGCUAAUUGACGAAUAAUUUAUUGCGCAGUACGUAUAGUGCACAGGUAGCUCGGUUGUCGGUUUCUAGUGGAGAAGUCUACAUUUCACCUGCACGUAAUCUUACCUCCUGAAGCCUACAUAUACCUGGAGAGGAGUAAACACUUCUCACUACACCGGUCACGGAAAGCAUGUGGAACCGUAAUCGCUUACGGGACUUUUUCAACUCUUUUUUCCAUUCAACUGUCCAUUUAUUUGUGGGUUAAUGCCGAAGCCGGUUCCUUUUAAUUGCUAAUCCUCUGUAAUGCCAAUCAUAUCCUCGAUUUGCGAUCACCUUUUUUUCAGUAUGCGAAUGUUGAUUAUCGGCAUUACUAUCAUCGCACAUUAUGACAACGGAAAAUUUUUUAAUAUUUAUUAGAAACUUUGUUUUGGUCUGUAUGAUUAUCAGCGGCGCCCUCGGCGGUUCUGUGAUUAACGUGACCUUUGUCUGCCUUAUGCCUUAUGCAUCCCUUGCCUCCAGCUAUGAUUAUUACGGGCCAGUUACGGAUAUGGCCAUUGAGCAACUGAAUGUUUUAUACCCCAGAUUUUACUUUGAAAAGGUCAAUUUCAUUAGUCCAUCCGUAAGGACAUGCAAUGAUUUAGAGGAUAUUGUGGUGGAUGACUUGUAUCAAUAUAUCCGCAAUAAAAGUCACCAGCGGGAAGCUGAAAAGUUGCCGGCGGGGGUGACCGUAUUGUCAAGUGCCGCAUGCAGUACUGCUCUCCGCUGGAUCGGAGAUCUUGCCCGAGAAUUGAACCUUCCCUUAAUUUCGAGUGGAGGGUCGAGUGAUUAUUUGAGUGAUCCAUUACGUUUUCCUACAAUGUUGCGGCUCCUGGUUUAUCAACAACGAACUAUCAGCGUCGUCAUGCUGCAAUUUCUUAGGCGGUUCAACUGGACUGCUGUGACUCUAAUCUGUGAUGAUAAUCCCAGUUUGGGAGAUUUUUUUAUUUUGACCUGUGAAGGAGUGCGGAAGAUAGUAGCAGUCGAACCGGAUAUGAACGUCGAAGAUUUUCAUUUCGACAGCAGCCGCACACUGGUUGUGGACUAUCUGGAUUAUCUGAAGAAAUCUGCAGCCAAAAGCAGGAUUAUAAUUAUCUUUGCUCAUGGGAAUCGAACGCGAGAUAUAAUGGUUACUGCUAAUCAAAAUGGGAUGACCAACGGAAAUUUUGUGUACAUCACAGCUUAUCCCAUGGAGCACCCGAUGUAUGGUUAUAUGGGUUGGCAAUUGAAUGAUGGUCAUGACGACGAAGCUCAGGAAGCCUAUAAGUCACUAUACUUUGUAACACCGAAAACGGUGCAAGGUGGAGAAUUCAUCAAUUUCGAGCUUGAAACAAAAUAUCGUGCCUAUCAAAACUAUCGAUUUUUUUAUGGGUCGAACGAGCGGGUCAGUGCAUUUACUGCCUUGGAACAUACAGCGGUCUUAUUAGCUGGAAAGUUUAUAAACGAAACCGAUACCGACUGGGAGCAAAUUUCUGACCGGGAUGGAAAGGGGCGAGAAAUUAUGGAGCAUGCACUGCAACGGCAAAAAGUAUCGUCAGUAACUGGUGAUUUUAUACUGGACCACGGCGAUCGGGAACUCUACGUCUAUGUUGUGAUUGCCAUGAAUCACAUCACAUAUGGUUUUGAUGAAGUUUUCUCUUAUGAUACCAUUCGAAAUCAACUAAUGCCAUCUCUUGUCCACAAUAUUACCUGGGUUUACCGUAAUUCACCGCCACCUAACAGACCGGAAUGUGGAUUUGACCACAUUAGCGACAACUGUCACGUUUCCAAGCAAGAAUUAACUGCCAUUUACUGUGGCGUUGCGAUUGCGGCUAUUGUUCUCGGAAGUGGAUUAAUCUGGUUUGCUAGACGCACCAGGAAAACCACUGAUACCCAUAAAGACUCUCACUGGUAUAUAUCGUACCAUGAUUUGAUUUUCGACAAUCCAGAAGGGCACAUGAAUGGGCAUGCCCACCGUGAUGUGGCUAUUUUUAAAAAAAGCGAGGAUAAACGCCGCGAUCGACAACCCCUGUCGACAAUGACAUCCGUGCACAGUUCCCAUGUAUCUCCCAGAUCAGUAGUCACGUAUCGUGGACGCCGGUUAUGGUUGCACAAAGUGCCCUGUUGGCUAAAUUCAAUCCCACUGUGCAGGAUGAAAAGUUGAUACUCAAGAUGAAGAAUGCCACAUCGAGCAAUCUGCUAAAAUUUUACGGCUUUUGCCCUAUGGAUACGGCGAUGGGUGUGGUUUGUGAGAUCGCAUCCAGGGGAAGCGUGGCUACUAUUAUGCGCGAACAGACCAUCAGAGUUGAU